UUUAACUACCAAACCAGAUUUUGCUUCUUUUCUCUCUAUCACUUUGACCACAUCCCAACUUAGUUUCCAUCCUUUCUAUGGCAAAUGACACUGCUGUUGUAGUGAUCGACGCUGCCGUUUCGAGGUCAACAUUCCAUCAUGCUUCUUUGAAGAGGAAGAGACCGCCCAAGAUCGAUAUCCCAAUUGUUCUACGUGAAAUUCCUGCUGAUAUUUUCAAUGCCCAAGCUGCUUGUGCUGUUAAUCACGGUUUCUCUUCUUCUUCGGUUGCUGUUUUUGCUGCCAAGGGCAAGAAAAAGUUCAUGGAAGACUCCCACAAAAUCUUCCAUUCUUCCAGUGCUACUAAGGAAAUGCAGGACUUUUUUGGGGUGUAUGAUGGGCAUGGAGGGAGCAAAGCUGCAGAGUUUGUGGCAGAGAAUCUGCAUCUCAAUAUUUUUGAGAUGUUGGAAAAUAAUUGUGGAAAUGAAAAGGAAAAGGCUUUCCGAGAAGCUUAUUUAAGAACUGAUAAAGACUUCUUGAAACAGGGGUUGGGUAGUGGUGUUUGCUGUGUGACUGCGUUGAUCCAAGGAAAAGAAAUGGCAGUGUCAAACUUAGGUGAUUGCAGAGCGGUCCUGUGCAGAGACGGGGUUGCUGAAGCCAUCACAACCGAUCAUAAACCAGAGCGAGAGGAUGAGCGGAGAAGAAUAGAGGAUAAUGGUGGGUUCUUGGAGAUUCAUCGCGGAGCUUGGAGAGUGCAAGGGACACUAGCCGUCUCCAGAAGCAUAGGAGACUCUCAUUUAAAAGAUUGGGUGAUGGCAGAGCCUGAUACCCAGCUUAUACAUUUGACACCUGAUAUGCAAUACCUUGUUCUAGCUUCUGAUGGCCUCUGGGAUGAGGUUAGCAAUCAAGAAGCUGUGGACAUUGUUAUGCAGUCAUGUUCAAGCAGCAAGAAACUCAAAGGGUUCUCUCCAGCAAAGAAUGGAUGCCUAUAUCACUGCGCAAGUGUGAGUCCUUCAUCACUAUCACCGCGACUUCCAUCUCACAAAUCGAAAAGGAUCUCUCACUACAGAGAAACACAAGAUGAAAAAUGCUGUGAACGCGAAAGUCCUGCAUCAAGUACUCCAAGAAUGUCAUCAAAGACUCAGUUUCUAAACAAUGAGAACGAUGUUUCGGGUGAUAAAUCGAGUAAUCCUGGGCUCCUUGGUGCCUGCAAGGAGCUUGUCAAUCUUGCGGUGGCUAGAGGUAGUUUGGAUGAUAUUACAGUGAUGAUCGUUGAUUUGAGUAGUUAUAACGGAUAGUGAAGGCCCUACCAAUAGAUGCUAACCUAGAUCACAAUGCUAACAUUUGUUGCUUAGCAUCCAUUUUCUUCUAAACAUAUGUUCACAGCAACAGUUGUUUUGCUUUCAAAUUCAACUAGUUUUUACCUUGAGCUCA